UGUAGUCUUGAAUGAGUCCCCCGCCGCCAUGUUCGGGGGGCUCAGCAGGUGCUUUGAGGAGGAUCCCUUCUUCAGGAAUCCCUUUGCUGCCCACCAUGAGCACAUGAGGCAGAUGAUGAGGAGCUUCUCAGAGCCCUUCGGGAGGGAGCCGUUGCCGAGCCUGCCGGAGGGCAGGGACAGAGCAGACAGAGCGCUGCAGUGGAGAGCGCGGCCAGACUCCCGGCUGGCUCCUCGGGGGAACUGCAGAGAUGCAGAUUUUGGGGAUCCAUUUUCUGCCAUGGACAGGAUGAUGUUAAACAUGAGGAACAGUAUGCUGGAAAUGCACAGGAAAUUUGAUGCGUCCACGUACCCCGAUGGACACACGUUCAGCUCCUCCUCCAUGAUGACUUUCUCCAAAGUGGAGGAUGAACCUCCAAAGGUUUUCCAAGCCUCAGCCCAGAUUCGCACAGCCCCGGGAGGUGUUAAGGAGACAAGAAAAGCACUUAAGGACUCUGAAAGUGGCCUGGAACAAAUGGCCAUUGACCAUCACAUCCAGGAUUGGGCUCAUGUUAUCAAAAACUCCAAGAACUGCAAGACUGGGGAUGAGGAGAUGAACCAAGAAUUCAUCAACCUGGAUCAAAAUGAGGCCCAGAGCUUUGAUGAGGAGUAGCAGAAGGAGGUCUUGAAGUUCAAGUCAGAACUAGAAGCCCUUUAGAAGCUCCAAAAUACAGAAGUAUCAAUUACAAGGAGAAUGGAUCAAGAAGAGAGAAGCUACUUGGAACUGGAGAUUCCAGAGUGUCCAAAGAUUCCUUGGAGUCUCUCAGUGUGAAAGGAACACAUGUCCCCCUCAACAAAAGCAGCAGGAAGUAAGUGGCUCCAUUCCCCUGAGAUGGAGUUUCUCCAGAGCAGAUAAUGGUGCUCAUGUCCAUACAAAUACACAGAAUACGUGACCAAUCUCUGUUUGUGUUGUGCCUUUGCUCCUCCUGAAUGUUCCUCAACCUUCAGCUCCUCAGUUAAACCCUCUCCUUUCAGUGAACUAAAAACCCAACUACUUUCUGCCUGAAAGCACUUUAUGGAUUAUCACCAAUUCUGUUUUAAAAAGAAUUGAUUUGCAAAGUUUUUCUGCUACAACUGCACCGGUCUCACACUUUAUCAAGCCUGGCAGUGCAGCUACUUUUCCCCACUCUAUAAGUUGCACAGAAAAUAAAUUCUUUUCAGUUUGUGUGGUUGAAA